GAGAGAGAAAAAAGGAGAGGAGGAUAAGGAUAGUGGAGUAGAGGUGUCACUGUGGCUACGUCUAAGAUUGUGAAAGAGAGUGAGAGAGAGAGCGAGAGAGAGCGAGCGAGCGGAGACAACGAGACAGGGGAAAAAACUAAAAGGAGAGAGAGAGAGAGUAAAAGAAGGAAUCGGAGAGUGAGAGACAUGAGAAGAACAAAGAGAAGGGAGGAGACACAAUCAGAUGAAACCAUACUGAGGGGACAAACUGGGGGUGGAGUGUGAUAGUAAGCUGGCGAGUGAGUAAAGAGAGUGAGAGAGUGAGAGUGUGGAGUGAGAGGAAAAGGAGGGAAAUCUCCGCUGUGAGCCAGAGCGGUGCUGAAGUUUUAAAGACCGCAGACGCACUGAAGUGCAUCAGCUGCUCUGCGCACCAGCACGUGAUGUGCGUAUUCUCACUGGACUCUGUGCGUGAUGCCCCAGCUGACCCUGGACCUACCUCCACAUCAGUACUGGACUCUGGUCACACAGACACUUCGCUGACCAAUGGACACUACUCUGCCUUUCCAUAUGUCGGAAACUAAGAGGAUACUUUCCAUCAACCGAGACAUGCAGGGUUGCCAUAAAUCUGAGCGAACAGGCCGCAGCAACAGAUACACUUAGGACCUUUCAGCACCUUUAUCCCCAUUGGAGGGUCCAGUACUGCAGCAUGGCUGCAGUGGUGGCUAAUCUCAGCAUGCCCUGGGGGACAGGGGUGCUAAUGGGCCUCACGGACACUCCUAAUCAGACUGUGACUGGAUCUCCAGGGCCUGGCCGUUCUCUAGCACCUCUCUGCACCGUGUGCUGCUGUGGAAUGCUCAACCGCACCCUGGCUGUGGUGUUCAUGGUCAGCCUGGCCUUCGCCAUUGUCGUGGGCAACGUGGUCACGCUCACGGUCUUCAUGCAGACACGCCAGUCCCGCACACCACAGGGCUACCUCAAAGUGUCUCUGGCUGUAGCAGACAUGAUGGUUGGAGUCUUGGUGGUGCCAUUCUCUGUCUACACUGAGAUAUCCCUCAUGGUGACGAGCACUCCUCCUGUGUGGUACCAGGGUGGAUCGGCAGUGACAGAAGGAGGGAUUUCUGGCUCCUGGCAGCCCUGUAUGCUGAUUGGCCCUGUUUUCGCUGGCUGUACCUUCGUUUCAAUCAGCACCAUUUUCCUAAUGACGGUGGAGCGCAGCGUGGCCAUCUUGCGGCCGCUCCACAAGGACACUCUGGUGACGCGGCGGCGGACUCUGCUCCUGAUCCUCGUUUCCUGGGCGGGCAGCUUCCUGCUGGCCAUGGCGCCGCUCAUCCUGAGUAAGAGCUUCACCCUGGAGUACAACGAGUGCAGCCGCAUGUGCAACUACGUCCCUCUUCUGGUCGGCCUGCAUCUGCCGGCCGACUCCAACAUCAUGCUACUCUUCCCUGCCUUUGACUUCACCCUCCUAGGCGGCACCCUUGCUGUCAACAUCAUGUCCUUUACCAGCAUCCGCCGCUACACACGCAAACGCAAGCUGCUCUCAGAGGGCAGCCUGGGCCUGGAGGCCGGAGGGGCCGGCGGCUGCCCCCACAGACCCUCCUUCUCGGACAUCAAGGCGGCCAAAACCAUAGGCAUCCUCACCUUUGCCUUCACCGCCUCCUUCUCGCCCAUCGCCGUCUUCGUGCUGGGCAACGUGGUGGGCUACACCUGGUGCAACUUCUCCUUCUUCGCCUUCUGGAUCCUGACGGGAAACAGCUGCUGCAACGUAAUCAUCUACAGCGUGAGGGACCAGCGCUUCAGGAAAGGGGUGAUGCUGCUGUUUCACAAGGACCGCUCACCCCCGCACUCUGAAAAGAGCUGAGCUGAGGUGCUCAGGCAAGGAGGUCAAGCACUGCCAGCCUCUCCUCCGUUUCGGACUCCUUACCGUCUGCUCAUGAGAUUGGCGCUGUUCUUUUCAGGAAUUUCUUCAACAGAGGGCUUUCUAAAAAAAGCUUGCACUUCAGGGACCAAAACCAAACCAACUCCAGGGAUUGUGGCCAGAUUCUUUUUUUUUUUAAUCACUUUCUGACAGAGAACAAUUAUCUAUAGUUUUGUUAUUAUUUAUUAAAACUUAAAUGUUGUCAUGUCAUCUAUGUUGACCAAAAUAUUUAUUAGUCUCAGAGGCUCCAUUAAAAAAUACAUUCUGCACUUUAUUCUGAUGUUUAGGGGUGGUUUUCAGGACACAGAUUAAGCCUAAUGCUAAACUAAAUAAUGCUUUAAAUGUAAUGCAGCAUUUCUUGAAUAAAUAUUUUGGCUAA